UUGGAUUUACCCUCAAGGGGCGUGGUUUCAGCAACGACAUCUGCUGCUCGCCGGGCGUGGCGGUCCCUGCUGAUUGGCGGCUGCGCGGGGUCAGAGGUGGCACGGCGGCGGCACCGAGGCGGCACCAUGAAGCGCCGGUACCCCGAACCCGAGCCCGAGGACUGGGCCCAGCAGCAGGCCCAGCUCCCGGGCCCUCCCAGGCGCAGGCGGACCGACUCCGGGCUCACGUCCGGGGAGAGCAGUGGCGGGGAGCGUGCCGCAGUGACAGGCAGCAGCGAUGAGGACUCUGACGGUGAGGGGCCACGGAUGGGGUUCGGGGCCCCUGUGCCGCCAGAGGCGGCAGGUUCCGAGGUCCCACCCUCUGACCCCCUCUCCAGCAAGUACUCCAUGUACAACAGUGUCUCCCAGAAGCUCAUGAUGAAGAUGGGUUACCGUGAGGGGGAAGGUCUGGGCAAGUUUGGCCAGGGCCGGAAAGAGAUAGUGGAGGCGUCGCUGCAGCGUGGGCGCCGCGGGCUGGGACUCAAAGUGAAGGGCUUCGACGGAGACCUCAACAUCGACUGGCAGGUGGAGACCGAGCCCAGUGCUUACGAACGGGUGGAGUGGUUUCCAGAAUGUUCCCUGAAGAUCCCAAAUGCGUCGGAGCUGCGUGAGUGGAUGUGCAUCGGACAGCGGAAGAUGGAGAUCGAGGACGAGACGGAGUUCUGUGACGGAGACCUGCUGAGGGAUGUUCUCAGGUGUAAGAGCGUGUUCGAUGAGCUGGAGGGGGAGGAGAUGCGGCGAGCUCGCACGAGGUCGAAUCCCUUCGAGACCAUCCGCGGGGUCUUCUUCCUGAACAGGGCAGCGAUGAAGAUGGCCAACAUGGAUCAUGUGUUUGAUUACAUGUUCACCAACCCACGGGACAGCUUCGGUCACCCGUUGGUCCGGGACAAAGACGGGGAGUUGCUGUACUUUGCUGAUGUCUGCGCGGGUCCUGGCGGGUUCUCGGAGUACGUGCUCUGGAGGAAGCGCUGGCACGCCAAGGGCUUUGGCCUCACCCUGCGCGGCCCCAACGACUUCAAACUCGAGGACUUCUUCGCAGCCUCCAGCGAGUUCUUCGAGCCCUACUACGGUGAGGGGGGUGUGGACGGGGACGGAGACAUCACCCGACCCGAGAACAUCACUGAGUUCCGCCGCUUCGUGUUGGAGAACACCGACCGCAGGGGAGUCCACUUCCUCAUGGCCGACGGGGGAUUCUCGGUGGAGGGACAAGAAAACCUACAGGAAAUCCUCAGCAAACAGCUGCUUCUCUGCCAGGUGCUGGUGGGGCUCAGCGUCAUCCGCACAGGCGGACACUUUGUGUGCAAGACCUUUGACCUGUUCACGCCGUUCAGCGCCGGGCUCAUCUACCUCCUCUUCCUCUGCUUCGAGAGGGUGUCGCUGUUCAAACCCAUCACUAGCCGUCCGGCCAACUCUGAGCGGUACAUCGUGUGCCGAUCUCUGCGGGAGGGUACGGACGUGGUGCGUGAUUAUCUCUUCACCGUCAACGUGAAGCUGAACCAGUUGCGGGGCUCAGACCAGGACGUCACCACCCUCGUGCCGCUCGCUGUCCUCAAAGCCCACCAGCCCUUCUCCCAGCACCUUUGCACCUCUAACCAGAGCCAUGCUGUGCUCCAGAUCAAGGCUCUGGCUAAAAUUCAUGCCUUCAUUCGUGAUCCAAACCUGAACGAGCUGCGACAAGCUGACCUGCGUAAGGAGUGCCUGACGCUGUGGGGGAUCCCGGACAAGGCCCGAGUGGCUCCGAGCUCAACAGACCCUCGCACCAGGUUCCUGCAGCUCAUCCAGGGUAGUGAGGUGGACACCUUUGGUUACCGAGCAACUCCACUAACGACCGACACCAUCCAUCGGAUCAGCCAACUCCUUAACUAUCGCUGCCUGGUCGCUGGGGGUGAGCAGUACUUCCUGCUGGGAGCAGGGGUGAGUCUGGGCACAAGGAAGUGGGGUGGUCACUCUGUGGGUGGAAGGGAUCCUGUGGAGAAGCAGGGGGAGGUGGGGGGAGUCAAGUCACCAGUGAUGAGGAUCCUCGAUGUUGGUGGGGAUGGGAAGAUCCGGGGUUUCGACCCAAAGACUGUGAAGGAACGAUGUACGGUCAGGGCAGAGUCUUUCCACUGGACCCACAAAUACACUGUGUGUUACAGCGUGAAGGAGGUGUACAGGCUGGAGGACGUGGAGAGAAUAUUUGUCAGGCUGGAGAUGAAGGUGACGAAAGGGUCAGGCGGUGUACCCCGACUCUCGUACACUGGCCGUGACGAUCGACACUUCCUGCCCACCGGCCUGCACGUGGUGAAGACCGUCAAUGACCCCUGGACGAUGGCAUACAGCCGGAACACAGGCCGAAAGUAUUUCUACAACACUCGGACGCAGGAGGCCAGCUACCAAAUGCCCCCUGACUCAGUCGCCCCCUUCACUGUGUGCCACCAACAGCGGCUAUUCUGGACAUGGGCUGAGGGUGUACGGGUCCAUGACUGUCAGACACAGCAGGACCCCAGCAAACUCUCCAAGGAUGACGUCCUCUCCUUCAUUCAGGAGCACCACCCCAUUUAGGGGCAAAGCUGUCAUAUGCUCCAAACUGAACUGCAUCCUGACCCGGAUUGGCUGCUAACCUGGACUAGACCAGCGUCUAUCUGAACCUUGAGCAGACCAGAUCCUGACCUAAACUGGACCGUCGCCUGCUGGACUGCAUUCUGAUCCGGAAUUAAUCAAACUGGCGUCUGGCCCAAACCAGAAUGGAUCUUGACCUGCACCUGACCUGCAUCUACCCCAACCUGGAGUGGAUUACCAUCCGAUCUGACCUGGACCAGACUGACAUCUACCCCAACCCAGAACCAUACUGGACCCACAUUACCCAGUUCCACAGCGGAUUAAUGUCUGGAACUGUAUCUGGCCUGCCCUGGACUGAAUCCGGGUAUGCAUCUGUUCGGACUGGCAUCUACCCUAAACUUAAUCAGCAUCGGGACAGGACCUGGACUGGAUUUCCAUCUGUUCGAGACUAGACCCCAAUUAGAGUGGCGCCUGCCUCAUUCUGAGAUCUGAGUCGCAGGGCCCGGACCCUGGGAUCCUCUUUGUGAAGCUUUUAUCAGGCUGGGCUCCCAGAGCUCAACUGACCCCGAUCCCUGAAACCUGUCCCCAGAUCCCCAUCCCCAACCCCACCCACGUGUACCCACCCUCCGCCCCACUGAGUGUACAUUGUUGAAUUUUGUAUGAAGAGAAUAAAUUUAAGUUUCUCAAAUCUUCACCUUUA